AUGCCCGGCCUGCAGCCGCGCCAACUACACGGCGGCAGCGGCGAACGGGGGGAGGGGGGGCAAGAAGACGCGUCCGGCUCUGCCCCGCGGAGAGCUACUGCCUCCUCCGCCUUCUCUUCCUCCUGCUCCUCCGCCUCCUCCCCUCCUCCCCCCGUCGCCGCCGCUGCCUGGUCCUUCGCCGCCGCCUCCUGCCGCCGCCGCCGCCGCUGGUGCCGCCGCUGCCGCUCCACCAACUACAUCCGGGCAACUCGGACGCCGCGGCCUUCGGAAAACCUCGGCAGUUUCCGCCGCGCCCCUCCUCUCCCACCCUCUGCCUUCCUCCCCGCCCCGCGCGGCUCCGGAACGCCGCCUUCGGCAAACCUCGGCUCGGCCCGGCCUUCCUCUUCCUCUGAGGCCUGGCUCGCCUCCUCGCGACCCGUCAGCUCUUUCCGUUCCUCCAACUCGCCGAAGCCUUUUGGUGAAAGAGCGCUCAUUCGGUCGGCGGUUCUGCAUGUGAAUAAAGGCAGCGGGCGUGCUACGCGAAGCUGCGACGAAUUGGAUUUUGUAGACCGCGGCGGGCACAAUACGGGCGUUGGCAUAAUUGGGAAGGGGAAUAAAAAGGUAAAAGAGGAAACAAGCCAGAAGAGAGACGAUCCCACCAAAAACCAGUAUCAAAAAAGUAACCGACUGAUUUGGUAUCCCACAAGCUACAUUACAGCUGGGCCUAAUGAAGAGAAGGCAAUCCUACCCAUGUCUCUGGCUAAAGGAAACUCAUUUGAAUCUCCAGCUUGUAACUUUCCCCUGAACACUGGGCUCACAAUCAACUGCCUACUCUACAGCACCGCUCGAAUGUCCAGAGAGAGAGAGCACACAAAAGCAGGGAAGCUGCAAGUGGAAGGAGCAGGUUCCCUGCCAAAUAAGGAACAUGAUGUGGGGAGUCAAUCCCAGGACCCUGGGGUCAUGAUUGGAGCUAAAGGCAGAUGCUUAACCAGAAAUUGACAAGUUGACACUGGAAUUAAUAUGGAAUAACAAGAGAUUCCCCCAACAGUCUUAAAAAAGAACAAAUCUGGAGGACUUACUGUAGUAAAUUUAAAACUUACUACAGGGGCACCUGGGUGAUCAGUUAGUUAAGUUGCCACCUCUUGA